CGGGGAGAGGAAAAUGAUUCUUCAGUGUGUGGCGCCACUGCAAUGCUGCCGUGUUCCCCACAAUCCCACCACUGGUUUCGCGCCACGUAAGUCGUCUUCUUCACCAGAGACCGUCCCUGUAACUCCUCCUUUUUCUUCUCUGUCAACCACAACGCGAAGACGAGCUUUGUCUCUUUCCUUCAUCUCCGUAUUAAUUUCGUUUCUCGCUCCUUCUUGCUCAUCUUCCGCCAUUUCCGACUUCUCCGAGCUUCUCAAUUCCGGCCGCGUUAGGGCUUUGGACCUCCGCCUCGGUUCCGGCGAAGCUCCCACUGAUGGCGACCAGGUUGCUAUUCAUUACUACGGGAGAUUGGCAGCAAAACAGGGAUGGCGUUUUGACUCAACGUAUGAUCACAAAGAUGGAAAUGGUGAACCAGUGCCCUUUGUAUUCGUCCUCGGCUCUGGGAAAGUUAUUUCAGGGAUUGAAGCUGCUGUGAGGUCAAUGAAAGUAGGUGGUAUUCGUAGGGUCAUCAUUCCACCAUCUCAAGGCUAUCAGAACACCUCACAAGAACCUCUACCACCUAAUUUUUUUGACAGGCAGAGAUUGUUCACGACCAUUUUUAAUCCCACUCGCCUCGCCAACGGAGAGGGCUCUACUCUUGGGACUCUCUUAUUUGAUAUUGAGCUUGUUAACGUAAGACAUCCUUGAGGAUUUUGUGUUCCAAGCACCACUUGUUUCGGAUGUAAAUGUGUGAGAUACAACCAGUGUCAUCUCGGGGGAAAAUAUUACUUUCAACUGUAAAAUAGAGAUUGUUCAUAGAAUGUACAGAUAAUGAGAUACAAUGAAGUGAUAUGGGGAUAACGUCAGUGACAUGCAUAAUUGUAGUUAAAUCCAUUUUCUCUCCUCUUCUUUUUUCUUUCUUUUUGUUUUUUCUUUUUUAUUG